AUGUCAAAAAGUAUAUUUAUAUCUACUCUUGUUAAUGGUGAAAAAAUUAACCGAACAUUUUUGAUUUACUCAGAAAGUAAAGGAUCAAUAUUUUGUGCUCCCUGCUAUUUAUUUGGUGGCACUACAUCGUUUGCCACAGUUGGUUUUUCAGAUUGGAAAAAAGGAGAAGAAAAAAUCAAGCGUCAUGAAAAUUCACAACACCACAAAUUGUGUGUAAUGAAUAUGAAAGAAAGAAAAGAAGUAUUAAAUCGAGUUGAUCAAAAGCUAAAGUAUCAAGUAGAAACAGAAAUAAAUUAUUGGAAAAAUGUAUUGACAAGAGUUGUAGCUGUUGUGAAAUCCCUUUCUUCUCGUGGAAUGUCUUUUAGAGGUGAUGAUGACCGUUUUGGAUCUGUUCAUAAUGGGAACUUUAUGAUGAGCUUAGAGCUUAUUGCUCAGUUUGAUCCUUUUUUAGCACAACACAUUGAGAAGUUUGGAAAUAAAGGAAAAGGUUCAACAUUAUACCUAUCAUUUAAUAUAUAUGAGCAGUUCAUAAGUAUAAUGGCAGAUAAUGUUAUUCAACAAAUGGUGAAAGAAAUAAAGGAAGCUAAAUACUUUUCCAUCAGUAUUGAUUCUACUCCUGACAUUAGCCAUGUAGAUCAACUGUCAUUCAUUUUUCGGUAUGUUCAAAAGAAUGGCUGUCCGGUAGAAAGAUUUUUAGGGUUUUUACCUAAUUCUGGCCAUAAAUCUGAAGAAUUAGCAGAUGCUGUAUUUUUAGUUUUAGAAUCGCAUGGAUUAGAUAUUAAUAGUUGUCGUGGUCAAAGUUACAACAAUGCGUCUAAUAUGUCUGGUAGAUACACAGGACUUCAAGCUCGCAUUAAAAAAGUUAAUCCUUUAGCAACAUUUGUACCAUGCUCGGCACACUAUUUAAAUCUUGUUGGUGAGUGCACUGUGGACUGUUGUAUUUAUGCUUCUGAAUUUUUUAUUCUGCUUCAAAAUAUUUAUAAAUUUUUCAGUGCCUCUACUUAUAGAUGGGAAAUACUUCAGAAGAAUUUGAUUAAAACAGAAAAUGUAUCUCUUAAAAAACUAUCAGAUACCAGAUGGUCAGCAAGAUCUGAUGCAAGUAUUAGUUUAAACAAAAAUUGGAUUGAAAUAAUUAAUGCACUGUCUUUUAUCAUAGAUGAUAAAACAGAAAAAUCUAUUACAAGAUCAGAAGCUAACGGGCUAUAUUUAAAACUGGAUAGUCUCGAAACAGCUAUAAUGGCCACAUUAUGGGGCGAUAUACUAGAGAGAUUCAACAAAACUAGCAAACAAUUGCAGUCAGUUGAGAUUGAUUUAGAAACAGUUGUAAGUUUAUACGAAUCUUUAAUUCGAUAUGUAUUAGAUUUAAGGAACAUGCUAAAAGAGUGUGUCCAAGACAUUUUCACAGAGACUGCACAUCAGCUUUGUCAAGAAAACUUUAUAUGGACAUUUGGUUUUUUUAAAGCAUCAAUGUAUUUAUUGGGAAUGAGUUUAAAAUAA